UUUUGUGAUGCUCACUGCAUGUAUAUUGGCUUGGAGAUCACUCCAGGGGCUCCAAUAAAAGGUUGCAGGGAUGUUGAUGGUACAAUGCGUGAUUUUGGCAGUCAAUGGCUAUCUAAUUGUAACCUCUGUACAUGUGAUGAAACAUCUGGAAUAGAGUGCUGCAGCACGUUGAGGAGGCCUGUAGAGUAUGACAGAGACAAGUGCAAGGAAAUUUUCAACAAGUUUACCUGUAUGAUCACUGUUGUACGGAAAGAUGAUUCUUCUAUAAUAUGUAGAGUCACACGGUAUACAGGUUAAUAAUACCACCCCUUCCUUGAGAUAUUGCUUCCAAAGUCAUUGUAUCCCAAUGGAACUUGUCAAGGUUUGAAACAGUUGCCCUUUCCUUGGAAUUCAGAGCAGCAGGGCCUAGGAACCAUGUAGGCGUUACUUUGGUUCUUCAUUAUAUUGAAAACAUUGUCAGGUGUUAGGCACACUGAUUCAAACCACAAAGUGCCAUAUCUGUGGCUUCUGAGAUCCUCUAGGUAUUUAGGUUGUGCCCAUACCUCUUGUAACCUGCUGUCUGAUGGAAUGCCAAAGAAAAUAUAUU